AUGCCAGGUACACAUACAUUUUAUGAUGGAUCAGAGUUGUUACAACCAGUUUCUGACAUAUUUGGUGUUGGAGUUGAUAAGGUUAAUUUAGUGACAUGUCAGUUCUUAUCAUUACCGCUAGCUUUUCUACAGUACACAGUUUUUACUCCAAAUCGCGUCUCGCCAGCAAUAUGUGCUGGUUAUCAGGCUAUAAUUGGCUUAAUAUUCUGUUAUUUCUGUUUUGGAAGCGCUAUAAAACAUCUACUUUUACUAGUCACUUUAUCAUACGCAAUUAUGCAUCUUUCACCACGUCAAAUUGUACAUAGGAGCGUGUUCAUAUUUGCAAUGGGUUAUCUUCUUGUUAUACAUUGGUAUCGUUGCUUUGCUUUAUCAAGUUAUUAUCUUGAUGUUACAGGUCCUAUGAUGGUGCUUGUCCAAAAAAUAACAGUGCUCGCAUUUUCUUUACAUGAUGGAACAGCAAAAAAAAGUGAGGAAUUGAAUGAUUUACAAAAAAGAGAAGCUCUGAAAUCGGUACCUAGUUUUUCGAAUUUUAUGAGCUAUAUGUUUCAUUUUCAAGCUGUACUAACUGGACCAAUGUGCUUUUAUACAGAUUAUAAGGCCUGGAUUGAAGGAACUUCUGCUAUUGGUAAAGAUGGAAAGAUUGAGAAACCUUGGUCUGCAGUGUUAACAAAACUGUCACAAGCAGCUAUAUUUUUCCUAGUUUAUUUUUGUUUUGCUGAUCAUCUUACUCCUGAUAUCAUAAUGAACAUGGAAUAUAUGAACUUAAAUUGGCCAUUGAGACUACUCGUAAUCUACAUUGUGACGUCAUUUCAACGUUUAUCAUAUUAUUUUGCAUGGACUUUAGCUGAUGCCAUAUUUAAUUUAAGUGGUUUUGGGUUCAGUGGGUAUGAUGAAGACAAAAACCCUCAGUGGGAUUUGGUUUCAAACGUCAAACCUUGGCAAGUUGAGACAGCCUCAAAUUUAAAAGAGACGUUGGAAGCUUGGAAUUGCUGUACUAUGUAUUGGCUUCGACGUGUUGCUUAUGAUCGUGCUCCGAAAAAAUAUCGAACUUUGUGCACAUAUUUAUUGUCUGCUGUGUGGCAUGGUUUCUUUUUGGGUUAUUAUGUUACUUUCUUAACAGGCGCUCUGUUUACUGUUUCUGCUCGAACGGUCCGCCGUUGCCUUCGUUGGAGAUUUCAAGGAAAUCAAUUUUCGCGGUUUUUUUACGAUGUCGUUACCUUUAUAGUAACAAGGAUCACUUUAUCAUAUACAGUGUAUCCGUUUAUUAUGUUGCACUUUGGUCCUGGGCUGCAUUUUUACAGACACAUGUAUUUCUGCUUUCAUAUAAUCGCACUUCUUAUAUUGUUUAUUCUUCCUCAGUUAUUGCCUCCGAAGACGAUACCAGUAGAUUAUCAAAACACUAUCAAUCAUGCAAAAAAGUCUUAUUAG